AUGAGCACCGCAUUCAACGAUUACUGCACUGUUUGUGAUCGUCUCAUUCCAACAUCUCCACAGAAAACGAACAUUAAUACCAGGAAGAUCCAAAGGGACAAUGAAACCAAGAGCAGUUUACAAUCAAAUAAGUUAUAUUGCUCCGAAGAUUGUAAGCUGAAGGAUUCGAACCCUCUUAAUGAGAAAUUAUUAUCCCACUUGCAUAAAAAAUCAAAAACUUCUCAUUCGCAUAAUCUCACUCCACCGCUUUCAUAUUCUAAAAAUUUAACUGCAUCAAACCUCUUCGAGCCGACUACCUCACUAUCUUCAUCUCCGACAUCUUCAACUAUCCCCUUUGACGAGUUGGAGAAGCUAGAGUCCUUAUUAAUUUCACCAUUGCUGCUACCUCAGGAUGGUAUAGUCAAUCCUAAGCAGGAGUCUAAUCCUUCUCGUGUUGACGAAUAUGAUGAAAAUGAACAUUAUUUGAACUUAGCCGACUCUCUUAGACUCGAUUCUAGUUACCAAUUGCAUUCAAAGGCACAUUUGGGUUACGAAAACAACUUGCCACGAUCAAACGAUCUAAUUGAUGAUCAUUUGAUCUCAGAUCAGAUCAUUGAGAAUAACUACAACCUAUGGUUUAGACUAUCCUCCAGUUAA